CACACGCCGAGACAGAUAUUAAAUAAAACAGCUUUAAGAAAGCUUUGUGUUUAGAAACGAAGUAACAUAGCCGGCGAUAUCAGUUGUUGUUUUUAUAUUUGAAAGUCAUAAAAUGUCAGCAUAUCCGGACUGUGCAUUCCAUUUGAGAGUUGCCGAAACAGAGGAUGAGCUGGUGCAGAAUCUCAGUCAAGUGAUCAAGGUAUAUGCAGAAACCGCAUUCCACCGGAACGGAACAUUUCGCCUUGGUGUUUCAGGUGGCUCUCUAGUGCAGCUGUUAACGCGCGCCCUUGUUGCCCUUCAGUUGGACACAAGCGCUUGGAAAUUUUUCUUCUGUGAUGAACGCUAUGUGCCCCAUGACCACAAUGAUUCCACAUUUAAUGCGUAUAAGACACAUAUGCUGACCAAAUUGCCCAGCAUACUGGAAAGUCAAUUUGUGAAAGCGAAUACAUCGUUGCCUCUGGACAAAUGUGCUCAGGACUAUGAGACGGAGUUGAAACGUAUAUUCGGCAGUGCGAGCCCUGAGUUUGAUUUGCUGUUGCUGGGCAUGGGACCGGAUGGACACACGUGUUCUCUGUUCCCAGAGCAACCAGAAAGCUUAGCGGAAAAGCAGCGUCUGGUCAUUCCCAUCAGUGAUUCACCAAAACCGCCACCACAACGCAUAACAUUCACGCUGCCACUGCUCAACAAUGCCAGGCAAUUGGUCUUUGUGGUCACGGGUGCCAGCAAAUCGGCUGUUGUCAAGCGCGUGUUUGAGGAGCGCGAUAAAGAGUUGCCUUCUUCAUGGAUAGAACCUGUCAAUGGAGAGCUGACAUUAAUUGCGGACGCCGCUGCGGCUGCGUCAUUAACGUCUAGACAAAUCAAGUGCUGAUUAGCAAUAAAUGUAAACAAUAAUCGUAGUGAAUAAAGCACAAUUUUCAAA